AAGGCGGUGGGCCUGUGGCGGAGGUGCCCCCCGAGGGGCACGGGCUGUGUGGAUGGAGCGUUAAUUAAAUUAUCACUAAUUAGUGAUGCAGAAACGGGCAGCAGUCCUCCAGCCGCAGUCUGCUCUGUUCAUCCCGUUCGUGCCUGAUCCCAUGCCCGAGACCCCCGAGGCUCAUCAGGAGGGGCCCCGAACGGCCCCGGGUGGCGGCACCGGGCGGGCGCCCUUUGCCCGGUCCCGGCGGGGCCAUAAAGCAGGGAGCAGCCGCCGUCUGCUCGGGCAGAGGCCGUGGGGCGGCCGAUAAGGGGCCGUGGCCUUGUCCCCGCGCCACGCCUGGGGCACACGGAGCCUUAGUCAGCGGUGUCCCCUCCCUGUGCCCGGGAUCCCGAGGAUCCGGGAGUCCCGGCCCCUGCUGGGGUGGGAUCCACUGAGGGGUGCUGGUGUUGUGCUGCCGCCCCUCACUGCAGGGAAUGAGGCUUUGGCACAGCCGCACCCCGUGUGCGGCCCGAGACUGCCGUGAGGGACUCGUGGAAUAACCCCAGGAUGGUGUGGGUUGGGAUGGAUUUUAAACACCUCCCAUUCCAUGGCAGGGACAGCUUCCACUGCACCAGGGCACUCCGAACCCCGUCCAGCCCGGCCUUGGGCACCGCAGGGAUCCAGGGGUGGCCACAGCUGCUCUGGGCACCUGUGCCAGGGCCUCACCCCCUCCCAGGGAACAAUUCCUCCCCAAUAUCCCAUCCAUCCCUGCCCUCUGGCAGUGGGAAGCCAUUCCCUGUGUCCUGUCCGUGCAUCCCUCGUCAAUGGUCUCUCUCCAGGGAGAGCCACGGGCAACCAAGGCUUUUUUGGAUAAGCCAUCAGUGGUAGAGUCCAAGCCAACGUCCCCAGAUAUCGCCCUCAGCGCACAUCGAAUGUGAUUAAUGCCGAGAUAUCUGAAAAAAGGGAAACUGUCCCCAAAAGUGGGUGAAGGUUCAUGGACAAUUAUAGCACCUGGACUUCGCCCGGCAGCCCCAGCCCCUCCUGCCCCGCUUGGCAGAGGAGCACAAAAACAUUUGGCUAAUGAGUUAUGGGUCCAGCCCCGGGGCGGCCCUGCCAUCACACCCCGACAGCCCCAAUCAGGGCUGGGACAUUUUGCAAUCUGCGAUAUUAUUUCUGUGCAGUUGGAGUUUAAACUUUGCCACUUGAGUCAGGAGGAGGAAGAGGAGGAGGAGGAGGAGGGUGAAGGCCAGGCUUGUCCCCUGCGCUCCCGUGUGUGCUCAGAGAGGGUUGAGAGGACAAUCCAUGGCAUCUCACUCAGCCAUGGCCUCCAGUGUGGGCAGCCUCGAGAACCUGGACCUGCUGGAUCUCCUCUUCGACUGCCAGGACUGGAUCCUGCGUGGGGCAGAGCUGGGGACGCCGCCGGGAGCCUGGCCCCAGGACAGGCGUGCUCCGGACAGCAAGGACCUCCUGAGCUCCAUCCUGGGCUCCGGGGACUCGGUGUCAGACUCGCCCAGCUGGUCCCCGGCCACCAGUGACAGCGGGGUGUCCGAGGACCCCCCCUCUGACCAGCACGACAGCCCCCCCCGGAGCUGUGACAGGGGUCCCCGAGAGGUCCUGUACCCCUACACCGACCCCUGCCAGGCCCAGCCCCCCCCGGCGGGCUCUGGGGUCCUGCACCCCGAGGUCUCCAUCGACCUGGACAUGUGGCACCCUGGGUUCUUCCUGGAGGAGAGCCAGGACGUGCCCGUGGUCCCCCCUCCUGCAUCCUGUGCCCUCACCGUCAAGGACCUGCUGCUCUCGGGCAGCUCUGACAACCAGCCACAGGCUCCUGGCUCCCUGCUCCAGCCCAGCCAGGGCCCCUUCCAGGAGCUGGUGCUGACAGAGGACGAGAAGAAGCUGCUGGUGAAGGAGGGGGUGACCCUGCCCACGCAGCUGCCCCUCACCAAGUACGAGGAGCGGGUGCUGAAGAAGAUCCGGAGGAAGAUCCGGAACAAGCAGUCGGCUCAGGAGAGCCGCAAGAAGAAGAAGGAAUACAUUGAUGGGCUGGAGAGCAGGAUGUCAGCGUGCACGGCCCAGAACCAGGAGCUGCAGAGGAAAGUCCUGCACCUGGAGAAGCAGAACUCAUCCCUCCUGGAGCAGCUGAAGAAGCUCCAGGCCAUGGUGGUUCAGUCGAGCAACAAGGCAGCACAGACAGGAACCUGCCUGGCGGUCCUGCUGCUCUCCUUCACCCUCAUUGUCUUCCCCUCCAUCAGCCCCUUCGCCCCCAGCAAGACUGAGGCAAACGGCGACUUCAGACCUGUGCGAGUUUUCUCCAGGUCCCUGCACAACGCCGCCGCCUCCCGCGUGGUUCACACCCAGCCCCAGGCCGGGGAUGAGAAGCUCCCGGAGCCGCUGUGGUCGGAGGAGACGCCCGAGACCCUGCCCGAGGCGCUCCAGGGCACAUUCCCGACACCGCCGGACAAAAGCUCCCUCCGGAACGACACGGGGGCAUCGGCCCCCGAGGGGCUGAGCCCUGAGGACGGCGACCACGGGGAAGCUGUGGCAGGGGAUGGCACCGUGCCACAGCCGGGGCUGCCAUCCCUGGCGUGGUCCAAGCCCAGGCACGGCCGGCCCGCGGUGCUGGAGCCGGCGGAAGAGCUUUAGGCAGAGCAGGGAGCACGGGGGUGCUGUGGGGUGCCAGCACCUCAUCCCCUACAGGACAAGCCCUCGGGGGACUCCUCCAGGAUCUGCCUCCGGAUGCUGGCCCUGCUUGGCUUUGCUUGGAUUCUGCGAACUGGGAAGAAGAGACCUGUUCCCACUGGCCUUACUGGGAGGGAAGGGGCUGCUCCUGCCCCCCGGCACAGUGGGAGUUGUGGAAGGGACAUGGGGUCAGUCAGGAUGGAGCUGAAGAAGCAGGAGGGGCCCUGGUCUGGUUGGUUGCUGAUGGUGCAACUGGUUGGUUUUGUUCUUGGUUUUGUUUUGGUCUUUGUUUUUGUAAUUUUAUUUUCAUCUCUAAAUAUAAGAUAUUUUGGAAAAAAUCCACUGGCUGUAGUUUAAGAGGGGGUGAUCCAUGAGGUUUCAAGGAGCC